AUGGAUCGUGAAAGUGAAAUGAGCGAAGGGAUGGACGACAACUUUAGUGAAAUACAAUUGCAAUCCUUAAAAUUUGCAAUGAAUAGUAAUAACACAACUGAUAUUGUACCGGACAGGAAUUCCGAUAAUGAAUCUGUGGAAGAAGAAUCCGCUCUAUCACACACAGAUACAACAUUUGAUUUAUCGCAUAUUACAAGAGUAUUAGUGUCGUCAUCAGUGAAUUUACUGUUACCUUUUAUUAAUGGUAUGAUGCUAGGCUUUGGUGAAUUAGUAGCUCAUGAACUUUGUUGGAGGUAUAAUUGGUUAGAUCGUAGGAAUGUAGUGGCAUUCAAGAUAUAUCCAGAGUCCCGUAAAUAUGCCGGUCUCACGAACAAGAACAACCUCUCCAACGUCUUAUAA